CCGAAUCAGCUGGCUCUGCUCUUCUGAAAUUGGCAGAAUUCAGAAUUAUUAGACGUAUAUUCGACGGAAUUUUCUCAUUUAACCGGACCACGACAAGGAUCGGCGUUUUGGGACACAGGAAAGUGCACCCGGUGGGCGGCGAUCGACCUAGUCGAAGUGGAUACAACCAAGUGCCGUUGGGCAAAAAUGCUACCCAGUCCGCUGGCGUUGCGAAAUUCAGCGACAAAAACAACAAAGAAGCGACGCUUUAAAUAAGAGACGUCGAAAAAGGCGAAAUAAUCAAUUAAAAUCGGAGCGGUGGCGAGCGUUUCAGUUGGCGGAUUGCAAGAGUGAAGGAGCUGACCAGGAUUGAGAGUGCCACAAAGGACGAAAUAUAAAGUUGCGUGAACAGCUGCAGCAGCUGCGUGGGCAGAGACGCGGGCAGAGGAGCCGGCAGAGGCAGCGCAGCAGCAGCCAAAACCCAGACGACAACAACAACAAAAGGCAGCAGCUUUUUGGUCUACCGUUCAACAAUGGAAAUGCGAGAGGUCUUGAGUCGCGAGGGCAGAGAAGCGAAGAAUCUGCUCGUCUACCAGUUCUGCGAUGAGACAACCACGAGUGGUGAUACUGGACUCGUGGGCGGAGGAGGAGCAAGUGGCGAUGGAGGAGCAGCUGGAAGCGGAGGCGUUCUCUUGAACGGCGACUGCUAUCGCAAGCCGCCGAUGGUGCCGCCAAAGUCGCCCUGUGGUACGCCCAAAAACUGCCAAUCGCCCACUUCACCAGGAAUGAAAUCCUCCGGAAGUGUUGGAGCAAGCGGAGGUGGAAGCAGUGGGCCACGCGUGCGCAGCGCAUCCACCGGAAGAGAUAAAAAGUCGGAGCUACAAGCCAGAUACUGGGCCUUGCUUUUCGGAAAUCUCCAGAGAGCCGUCAACGAGAUCUACCAAACUGUGGAGUGCUAUGAAAACAUUUCCAGCUGCCAAGAGGCCAUUCUGGUGCUAGAGAACUAUGUGCGAGACUUUAAGGCGCUGAGCGAGUGGUUCAAAGUAUCCUGGGACUAUGAAUCUCGGCCACUGCAGCAGCGACCCCAAAGUCUGGCCUGGGAAGUGCGCAAGAGCAAUCCCACUCCCAGAGUUCGGACCAAAAGCCUCUGCAGUCCCAAUAACUCGGGGAAAUCGAGUCCAGCCUUGUUUCCCGGUUCUCAAUCCGGGAAAACCUCACCGUGCUGUGAUCAUGGACAGAUAUCGCCCAAGAAAAUGCUGCGUGCCUACGACCAAGUGCCAAAGGGAGCUAUGCGUGUUAAUGUCAGGGAACUCUUUGCGGCCAACAAGCGAGCCACCCAGGGGUCAUCUCAAUCUGACAACAUGGAGGGUCCUCUGGAUUUGAGUGGCGACAAAUCGAGUUAUGUGCAGCUAAACACCCAGUAUUCCCAAACGGAUCUAGAGGAUCCGCACUUGACAUUAGCGGAUGUCAGGGAGAAAAUGCGCAGAGAGGCGGAGGAAAGGGAAGCUCAGCAGAGGAUUGAGAAGGCGGCUUUAGAAGAACUUACCAUUCCAGUAGACAAAGAUUACACCGAGGAAAUCGCAAACCAACUGGUGGUGCCUCCUCUAGAACAGCCAGUCACAAAUGAAACGGAAUUGAACAAAGAGACUGCGAUGGUGGAAACAGCACCAGAACCCACUGCUCUGGAGAUGACUGUGGCUUCCCUGGAGUCAAUGGAGAAUGCGUUGCUAAACCAGCAGGCCAACAAAGAGCCCACGCCACCCAGCACUCUUGUUAAACCCGUUGCGGAGCUGUUCAAAAAACCACAACCGCUGAAUCCCAUAGCAGGCAAUACUGUCCAGAACAGUCCCCUCAAGUAUUCCAGUGUGCUGAAUCGUCCCGUGAAGAAGGUGGUACCGCCGACUGCGGGAAUGGCAGUUCAUAAGACAGCUGCAACUAAGCCGAGUCAGAUAAAGACAGCUCCCGCGCCACCAGUCAAUGGAUUGCGACGCAUCAAAACAGCUCUUCCUUCGAGCAAAACGACUGGUAAAAGUGGAUUGCAACCACCAAGACCCUCCAGCAAAACCGAGUGCUAUGGCCCACCCAACAAUGUGGCCUCCAGACUGUCAGCAAGAUCCAGGACCAUGCUAGAAAUGAAUGGGAGUACUGCUAAUACAAAUCCAUCCACUGGGGUCAGAACUUUGCCGAAGAAAACUGUUCCUAGUUCUAUUUUAAGCACUGCCAGAAGAACUACCGUGAGUUCGAGACUCAGUUCCAGGGAGGAUAUAGCCAGCUCCACUUCCACCCUAAAAGCCAGCAACGAACAGCUCUCAAAUUCAAGAAGCACUCUAAAAGAGGAACGACAUUCCGAGCCUAAGCAGAUUCAACUGCCUACAGAUGCUAACGAUGGCUGGUUGACUGUGAAAAACCGCAGGCGGAGCAGCAUGCACUGGGCGAAUAGAUUCAAUCAGCCCACAGGCUAUGCCAGUUUGCCAACAUUGGCAUUGCUGAAUGAGCAACAAAAGGAGCAGGAACACAAGGAGAAACAGAAGGGAGCAGAAUCGUCAGGAGGUGAAGGAAAAUCUCUCGGCAAACCCACUUCAGGUAAAAAUGGAGCCCCAUCAGCAGAAGCCAAGGCAAAAGCCAAGACAAGUUUAACCAUCUCUCGACCGGAAAUCAAGAAUGCCAAGGCUAAGGUGAAUUCUUUUCCAGUUCAGAGAAACACCACCUGCCAAGUGAAGAAACUAGAGAAGCAAGAAAAGUCAGAGAGCACUGAGAAGUUGGAAAAGAAGGUGGCUCCCACACCUGUGAUUCCCUCAAGCGUUACACGAAGCAGCAGCAACAAUGGCUCUAUUGGACGCACGUCCAUAAUUAAGAGACAGAAAUCCGAUCUUACAGGACUAAAGAUGACAUCCUUGCACAAGGAGUACAUGAGAAGUGAGAAGAAUGCGCUGAGAAAGCUUCAGCAAAAGGAGCAGGGAAACAAACAAGGAAACAGCAGUUCCUCAUCCGCGGAAACUGUCGUAGAAUCCAACAACGACGACCACAGCAAGAUCGAUAUCAAGAUCCAGACCAACUGUGAGUUCUCCAAAACCAUCGGUGAACUUUACGAGAGCAUUGCCCACUGCAAGCUCCCAAAUGGAAGCCUUAAACAUAACGCCUGCAUCCUAAGUGCCUGUGAUGAGAACGAGGAGCAAAAUACGGAUGACAACGAGGAGGAGCGCAAUGAAAGGAUCUUAGUAGAGGUUCAGGAAUCUCUGGAGCGACAAAUCAGAGAGCUGGAGCAAACGGAGAUCGAUGUGGAUACGGAAACGGAUGAAACCGACUGUGAAGUUCAGCUGGAGGAGCAGGACGAUGGAAUCGAUGGAUUAGAGUUGGGUAGCGGCGAUGACUCCGCUGUUUUUGUGACCAUGAGUGAUGACGAGAACGCCAGCUUGGAGUUGAGAUACCAGGCUUUGCUAUCUGAUAUGUCCUGGAACGAGAGGGCAGAGGCUUUGGCCACUUUGCAGGCAUAUGUGGCCAGACAUCCCGGAAGAGCACAGGAACUGCACCAGAAGUUAUCAUCGCCCUCCAGGCGUCGUUCUCUACAGGAAACUCAAAAAUAUCAGGCAAAACAAGCCAGGGCUCAACAGAAAAGGAAUCUGCUCCAGCAGGAGAAGGCAGCUAAGCUACAGCAACUAUUUUCGAGGGUGGAGGAUGUCAAGGCAGCUAAGAAUCAAAUUAUCGAGGACAAACGGCAGAAAAUGCAGGGAAGACUCCAAAGGGCAGCUGAAAAUCGAGAGCAGUAUCUCAAGCAAAUCAUUGAGAAAGCUCACGAUGAGGAGAAAAAGCUGAAGGAAAUUAACUUUAUCAAAAACAUAGAAGCCCAAAACAAGCGAUUGGAUCUUCUGGAGUCCUCCAAGGAAACGGAGGGAAGAUUGCAGGACUUGGAACAGGAGCGACAGAAAAGGGUGGAAGAAAAGCUGGCCAAAGAAGCGGCUGUGGAAAGACGUCGCCAAGCUCUGGAAAAAGAACGCUUGCUGAAGCUCGAAAAGAUGAAUGAGACGCGGCUGGAAAAGGAGCAGAGGAUUGGCAAGAUGCAGGAGCAGAAGGAAAAACAGCGGCAGGCUCUGGCCAGGGAAAAAGCCAGGGAUCGUGAGGAGAGACUUCUAGCCCUACAGGUCCAACAGCAGCAGACCACGGAGGAACUGCAGCGCAAAAUCCUGCAAAAGCAGAUGGAAUCCGCUCGCCGCCAUGAGGAGAACAUCGAACACAUCCGACAGCGGGCUCUGGAGCUAACCAUGCCCACCAGGCAGGCAGACGACGGGCGUGGCGAUCAGGAUGAGUCCGAAGACCUCUUGAAUGGAAAUGCCACGAGCACCACCAACGAGGAUUGCGAUUUGUCUUCCACCCUUUCCGACGUGGGGGGAAUCUCUGGGCAUUCGAGGAGCUACAAGAAGAAGAUGAAGAAACUCAAGCAGAGAAUGAGUCAGUGCGCUGCCGAGUAUAUCGAGAGUCUGGAACCUUUACCCGCAUAUAUAAAAAGAGAUAGUACAGUGCCCAAGCUUCUAAAUCUGGUGGUCAAGGGAGGAGGUGCCCAAGGAUUGGAUAGAAACCUAGGGAACCUUUUGCGUCUGAUACCCAAGGCUCAGAACUUUGACUUCCAAGCUUUCCUCUACAUGGAUGCUUUGGGCAUUUUGGCCAACCACGUGAUCAGCAAGGGCUUUGAGGAAAACACUGAGAUCUCAAGAAAAUCCGUUCAUUUGGCCGUGCAGCUGUACAGGAAUGCCUGCUCGGUGUGUCCUCAGAUUGCUCGUCAUGCUCUUCUGGGCAAUUCCAUAACCGUUCUGUUCGAUGCCAUCAACAAGAGUUUCCAGAUACCCGAAGAAAAAUCACCACAACAUCCGGUCGAGUUGUCCACGGAGCUAAUGCUGGCCUGCACGGAGGCGCUGUCCUCGAGUUACGUGAAGAAGAACACCCACCCAAAAGUUCCGGAACGCCUGCCGGACAUGAUAAACUAUGCUGUGAUUACGGGCUUGAUUGAAAUCCUUUCCCGACGCAAUCAGAAGGUGCGCGAGUCCAUCGAGGACAACCAGAGUGUGAUGCUGAGCCUGCUGACCACCUUGGGCUUCCUGUCCCGAUUCCUGGAUGUUUGCCAGCCAGGUCCUGCCGAUCCGACACGUCUGCUGAGCGCUGCCAGGUCCACGGAGCUCUUUGGCACCGUUUCGAUGCUCUACGGGAGCGUUAUGCCAAUGGGUGAAUGCAUUCCACCGCGCACGACCGCCCUGGCGGCAUCGACUUUUCAUCUUUACGUGUCCCUGGCCUCGCUGGAUGUGAACACUUUCCAGGAGGCAUUGACUGUGGAGGGUCCAUUGUCGCUGAGGCUGCUGGAUGUGAUGACUAUCCUGAACUUUAGUGUGUCGAAUGCCCAGUGGGUGAAGAACAACGAGAGCACCACCAUGCUGAUCGAUCUGAUCGCCUCGCUGGCCUUUUUCUGUGUGAACAAUCGAAGGCACCAGGACCUGCUGAUAUCGGAGCAGUUUGCCGUGAUCUUCAAGAACCUGGCCAAGCUGUCGAUCCAGUUCAAUCCGGUGAUCUAUCCGUUCCUGGUCACGGUUUCCUUUGGCAAUGCGGCUGCCAGAGAGCUACUCUGCAAGGAUUUCGAUUUGUCGUUCGUAGAUGAGUACAGCAAAUCGGAGGUGGCCCAAAGAAAUAGCGUCAUAAAGCUGAUACAUAGUCGCAUUAAAGACAAAAUCAGCCCCGGUUAUAGCAACAAACCACAGACACACAUCAAAGGGGGUUAAGGCUGUAGCUAUGUCCAUUGGACAGCUCCCCAAACUCGAAGUCUCAACUCUCAAAGUGAUAUUAUUUUCAAAGAAAAUUAAAAAAAUUAAAGGAAAGAGCAAAAAUACAGAACUUGAAACAUUCGCAUGGAGAUGAAGAACAGGAAAAUAGGAAGUCGAGAGCAGAAGCCACACACAAAAUAUGUUUAAUAUAUUUUAUACACACUUAAACGUUAAACUAGUUUACUAAUCAAUCAUCAUUCAUCUCACUUAAUCUCACACAUUCGCUAAAACACAUUCACAACAAGUCGAACUCGCAUAGAUUUUAUAUCAAUAUAUAUAUAUAUAUAUAUAUUACAUACAUUCAUUGUAGUUUAUGUUUAAUGCAAAGUAUUAACAUUAAUUUAACGCUUGUAUCAAACUCACCCACAAACACUGCAAAUUCUCAGUUAUCGAAUUAAUCAACGCUUUUCGAGCAGAUGCAACUAUCAACAACACACUCACAAACGAAAAUGGGAAAAAAGGAAAAAUAAAAUGAACUACCUAAUGUAUAUUUUAUAGACAUCAAUGUUUUGUGCAAAAACAAGAUAAUUAAAUUUAAACAAAUGAAAUAAUGAAUUCAAAAAUUAAAUAA